AUGGAGCGAUGGUCCGCGGACGAGGCGCGCGCGCUGAUCGCGCUGCGGGAACGCGUGGAGCGCGAAACGAGUCGGUCGAUCAACGCCAAGGCCGGCAACGCCAGUGAUGAUGACGAGGAGGAUGGCGGGGCGGUGGAUUUUGGCGGGAAGCGCAUGUGGGAGUGGGUUUCGACCGAGAUGAAGAAGCAGGGGUAUCAGCGAUCCAUGGUGCAAUGCAAGGCCAAGUGGACCGUGCUCUUCAACCGAUACAAGGUGAUCCGUUGUGCUAGCAACGCUACUAACGAGAAAUUCCCUAUUUCCCCUCCUCCCCUCCCCCCCCCCCCCCCCUCCCCCCCCCCCUCCCCCUUUGCCCCGUCCCCUCUUCCCCAAUCUCUUUCCCUCUCCCCAAUUCCCUCCACCCCCCCAUUCAGAGCACGGAGCUAUCGAGUGGCAGGGCAAGGCGUGUCCGUUCUCAGACGAACUCACAGCCAUCUUCAAGCUGCGCGCCGAGCAGGUCGUGAAUGCAACCCCUUCCAACAUCCCUCUCUCCCCCCUCCUCCUCCCCCAACAUACCUCUCCCCCCCCACCCCCUUGGAGUUGUCAGUGCGGCAGGGCAAGGCGUGUCCGUUCUCAGACGAGCUCACAGCCAUCUUCAAGCUGCGCGCCGAGCAGGCCGUGCAUGCACUGCAACCCCUCCCCACAUCCUCUCUCCCCUCCCCUCCCCUCCCCCCCCUCAUACCUCUCUCCCCCUUUCCCCGUUCCUGCCAGAGCAUGGAGCUGUCAGAGAGGCAGGGCAAGGCGUGUCCGUUCUUUGACGAGCUCACAAGCAUGGAGCUGUCAGAGAGGCAGGGCAAGGCGUGUCCGUUCUUUGACGAGCUAACCGUCAUCUUUAAAAUCCGCGCCGAGCAGGCUGCUCGAGUGGCCGCCCUGGGCCAUGGCGUCGUGGACACCAGACCUGCAGGCUCGGCGGGCGCCGGACCUGCAGGCUCGUCACGGGCUGCUGCGGGAGGGGGUUCGUUGUUUGGCUCGGAUAGCUUGUUUGGGAUGCAGGGGGAGGACGUGGAGGGGGAGGAAGGCGGGGAGGAGGAGGAAGAGGAGGAAGAAGAGGAGGAGGAGGGCGGGGACGGGGAGGGAGACGAUGGGGAGGAGGAAUGGGAGGAGGGAGAUGCAGCCGGCAAGAAGCGGAAGAGAGGAAGCAAGGGGGGAAAGGCGGGGGGGAGGGGAAGGCGUGGCAGAGCAGGGGCAAGCGCAGCAGGCAGAGGCGCAGGGAGGACGCGAGUGGACACGAGGGGGGAUGCUGAGAAGGAGGGCUUGCGGAGAAAGCUGGGUGAGGGGUGGCUAGGGAUGAAGGUAGAUAAGAAGCGGUUGGAUAAGAUGUGGGAGGUGCAGGGGGAGUUAUUGCAGCAGCAUGCCCUGCUGGAGGGGCAGUGGGGCGAUGAGGGCGAGCGGGUGGAGGAGAGGGGGAAGGAGAGAGGCGAGGCUUGGAUUGAGCGGCUGGAGCAGCAGGAGAAGCGACGACUGGCUGAAGAUGUGAAGUGGCGCGAGGUAGUGAUGGGGGGAGGGAAUGGGUGUUGCAUGGAUCUCAGAUAUGAUCAAGCUCUUGCUCUUGUUUGCUUGGCCGAAUCGUGGAUUGAGAGGUUGGGGGAGCAGGAGAAGAGGCGACUGGCUGAAGACGUUAAUUUGGCGUGA